UAUUUUCAUGAUCUUCCAAGGAAUUCUGUAGAAGCAGCCUUUAUUUUCAGACUCUGCAGGCCUGCUGGGAGGAAACAUAUUACAAUAAACAGAAGAAGCUCAUGGUCCACUAUCUGCUGCUCCAGAGUCAAGGCCAGGUCCCUCCCCAUGUCACCACGGAGCACAUGAGCAACUGGCUGGUGUCUCAGGGCAAAAAAUCCCUUAGGGAGAGGGUGUGGAAGGAAACCCUGGAGGAAGGAAACGACCUCGCUCGGCUGGCCUGGGAAGUAAACACUUGCCUAAAAAUGAUGAACAUAGAGCACGAGGCUUUCUGCAAGCUCCGCCGCUCCAUGCACCCCACCUCGCCAGCUGACAUCGAUCCUAAGGUCCACAGCAUCGUGGAGAGAGCUGUGAGGAGCAUUCUGGGCGAGCAGUCCAAAGAGCCCAGUAGCAACCUGCUCAGCCCAUCUCAGGUGGUGGUGGAGGUGGUGCCCAGGCUACUCCUGGCCCUGUGGCUUCAGCCAGAGGAAGGCCAUUCAGAGCACCCAAUCCUUAUAAGCGGGAUGGCCGUGGGCAUGGUGGCGGCCGUAGUGGAGAAGCUCUCCUGCAUGUUAAAGGACCCUUCCCCUCACAUCCCUUUCUCCCGGGCUGCUGCUUUUGACUCUGUGUGGUCGAUCCUCGGGAGAAUCAGUCAGUCCUUCUCCACCGAUGACCUGCAGAGCCCUUUUUAUACGAGCUCUGUUUGUGCCUUUGUGGCGGACGAGGUGCAGAGCUGCUUCCAGCCCCCUGCAGCCACCCUACCAGUCCCCACUGUCUUCGCGGUUGUAGACAUCACCACUAACACAGAGACAGAUCAGGCUUCUUUCCACCUGAAUGUUGUGGACAUCACCAGUAACACAGAGGCAGACCCAGGUUCUUCCCAUCUGAAUGUUGUGGACAUCACCUCUAACACAGAGGCAGAUCCGGCUUCUUCCCACCUGAAUGUUGUGGACAUCGCCUCUAAUACAGAGGCAGACCCGGCUUCUUCCCACCUGAAUGUUGUGGACAUAACCCCUAAUACAGAGGCAGAGCCCAUCUCUUCCCUCUUGGAGGUUGUGGACGUCACACCUGAAGAAAGGACUCUCACGAUGGCCGUCUUCGCCACUCUGCCAGCUGACAUCCAAGCAGAGGAUGUUGCUGUGGUCAUCCCGGAUGUCACCCCACACGUCACCAAGGACAUAACACUGGAUGUUCCAUGCAGAGCUAGGAAAGGGGCAGUCCGGCAAUUAUUUUGCAGGCUUUGGAGGGCAGUGUGCUGCUGCGCCUGCCACAAGGAAGAGGAGGAACAAUAUUAAUUAUUCAUCACACCUGCAGAAAAGGGAUUGAACCAUAGAGCAUUAAAUGAUUCACAUUAUAAUUGAACUCAAUUCUGCUUUUCUUCUGUUUACUACUUAAUUUCUUAACUUUUCUAUAAACUUUCACUUUGCAAGUGUGGAUUAGGUUGUGUAAAUAAGUGGGACACAUCCCAAUGUUGAUGCUUUGAAUAAUUUGCUUUGUACAUUUA